AUGGCCGAGGUGGGUGCUGAGGCCAGGCUGCAGGACGAACUGACAUGCCCCAUCUGCCUGGACAUUUACAGGAACCCUAUGUCUCUGGGGUGCGGUCACAGCUUCUGCAAGGAGUGCACGCAUACAGAAGGAACAGAAAUAUGCCAGCAGGGCCCUUCCCAGUGCCCACUCUGCCUUUACCCCACAGGCCCCCGUUCAGCCAUGAAGACUUGCCUGACCUGCAAGGUCUCCCUGUGCCAAGCCCACCUGAGUAAGCAUAGCACAAAGAACACUCAGAAAAAACUACGUCCUG